AUGACUAGAAUCGCCAUCAAGUCCACCAUCAAGAAGGUAGGUUGGAGUUGAUAUGCUGCUGAUACUGUGAUAUAGCAGUUGUUAUUGUUAAUAGUUAUGUUACAAUGACUUUUGUAAUUGUAUUUUAGACUUAAAAUUUGUGUUUUAGAUCCAAAAGAAGGAACGUCGUGCGAGAAAGAACCACCGUCGUGCUCAGUCGACUCAUCCAACCGAACGUGAUGUUGUGGUAAGACCUCAAGUCGAGGAAGCCGAUGAUGUUGAGGUAAAGCACAUUGGCGUUCAAGUAGACCAUGCUGGUUUUGAGGCGGAACAUGUUGAAGCCAAUCACUUCAAGAUUGUAGUAGAUGAAGCUGAUUUAGAGGUAGAUGUUGAAGGUAAAGACUUGGAUGUUGAAGUAGAACCCAUGGAGCUAAAGCUUGAGGAAUGUCCAGUGUUACCUACAGCUGAAGCGGCUGCCAAAGCUUCAGUUCAUUUGGCUUCGAGCGUAUUCCCGACUAACACCGAAGCUUCAGCCGAAGCCGCUUCUGUUCAUCUAGCCUCGUCAAUCUUCCCCACCAAGACUCAACCGAAUCGUUCAGCUGAAGCUUCAGCCGAAGUGCUUUCACUUCACUUGGCUUCUUCAGUUUUCCCGACCACUUCUGGAACUUCAAAAAAGCCGGCUUCAGAAGAGGCGGCCUCAGUUCAUCUGGCUACAAGCGUCUUCCCAACUGGAGGUUCGGUCGAACCAGUUACGGUGCUUCCAAGUACUUCUGGAACCUUGGCUGAAGCGGCUUCAGUUCAUUUGGCUUCUUCAGUGUUUCCCACUGAAAGUGCUGAAUCGACCGAGUCGAGUGAGUUGAAGAAAACCGUGGAGGAGUUGAUUCACGACCUGAAGGCACUCACCACCAUGAAGAAGUUGGUCAACAACAAGGUAAGCCUUAUAAAGCUUUUUAUGACUUUUAGGCUUAAAGAUUAAGCCUAAUGUUGAAUUUAGGCUUAAAAAUUAAUUUUUAAGUGUAAAACUUUUGCUUUUGGCUUAAAAAAUAAACCUAAAAUACAAAUGCUUGUUUUUAAAAUUAAAUUUCGAACCUUGAAACUAUUUUUACUGUAGACAAAUUUAAAUUAUAAAUUUAAAAAUUUUAGUCCAAGAGCGUGGAGUUGAUCAAGUCUCGAGCAGUCGCCAAAAGAAUCAGCGCCUCUACUGAGCACUUCAAACCGGAGACUCCAUUGAAUCUUCUGGGACAGUUGAGCCUCUCAAUUCAACGUAGUAAGUUUUAUAAUGAAGUUUAUUUUAGUUCAUUACCGGAUAGAUCAAAAAAGAGGGCUUACUGGGUCUGGCCUAGUAGAGAAAAAUCAUUUUGUUGCGUUUUACUGCGGCUUUUAAGCUAAAAAAUUUCAGACAAGGUCGUUCUCGACCAGCUGAUGCGCUCUAAAGAAGCCUCAAAGGAAGAGGCGGACCUGGAGACGUGCUACUGCAACCUGACCAGCAUCCUCCACCCCAACCCUAACCGCAGCUGUGUGGGCAUGGACGAGGUUUCGAAGCGCGUUCAUCUGAGCGAGAGCAUCAGACAUCGUUCGUGCUGCUUCACCACGAGUAGCGUGGUCACCACGGACGCUACGGAUCAGGGCUCUCACUUCAAUCUGCCUUCAAUGGUCAGUGACAGUGCCAUUUGUUCGAAUUCAUCGUUGACCAGGGUCACGACUGAUGAAACCAGUGGAGCGUGUCCGGUUUUGAAGCGUCAUGAAAACAUCGGCAAUCAAGGUAGGUUUUGAAGUUAUGAAAUUGAAAAUUUAGAGCUUUGGCCGAUUUUAGGCUUAAAAAUAACAUUUUGGGCUUAGAGAUAACGCUUUUAAGCUUAAAAUUGAUUUUAAGCUUAAAAAUGAAACUUUAGGCCUAAAAUUAAAAUUGUAGGCUUAAAAAUAAAACGUUAGGCUUAAGAAUGAAAUUUAGGCUUAACUAAGAAAUCUGCAGCAUAAUAAUAAAAGUUAGGCCUAAAAGUGCAAUUGUAGGCUUAAAAAGAGAGAAAGUUACUGUUUUACGAAGUGUAUUAAUUUUACUGCUUUAGGUCUUCGCUGCGUCGCUCUGGACUGUGACAAUGUUGCUCAACUCAUGCACCAACUCGGCGCGACCGGAUCGAUCUCGGAUUACGUUCGCCGUCUGGAAGAGAUUGUUGGUGACUACUUGCUGUUGGUCCGCAAGGUCUACUACCCAUUUUCUGUCAGAAAAUAA